CAUGCGCACUCCAGCAUGUGUUCAUUGCAGGCUUUGUAUACACAUACUGAGCCUUUUAACAAUGGAUGAAACAAAGUGCACAGCGCAGUGAUUCAAACUUCGAAAAGAAACGUUUGCGUAAGGCUUGUAAAAACAGAAGAUUCAUCCUCCCGUCAUUACUGCGCGCGUGAAUGUGUUUCCUCUGAUUUCAAAGGCCACCCGACACCUUCUAUUCAAUGGAGCUUGAAGGCGAGUGGUGGAAAGGACAGCUGGCUGCAGAUAUAUACCACGCUCUUCGCUAUAAAGUACGCUCUAUCUCCGGCGACUUUUUUCGCUCUUCGUCUUCUGAGCUGAAGCUGCCAUCUUAUAAAGGUCAGUCCCCUCAACUCAGCCUGAGACGCUAUUUUGCGGACCUAAUAGCCAUUGUGAGCAAUCGCUUCCGGCUGUGUCCCGCUGCUCGUCACCUUGCGGUCUACUUGCUGGACCUGUUCAUGGAUCGCUAUGACAUUUCCGUGCAGCAGCUGCAUGUGGUCGCGCUUUCCUGUUUACUUUUGGCAAGCAAGUUUGAAGAAAGGGAAGAUCAUGUGCCAAAGCUUGAACAGCUGAACAGUCUGGGGUGCAUGACCAACAUGAACCUUGUGCUAACGAAACAAAGCCUGAUGCAUAUGGAGCUCAUGUUGCUGGAUACUUUUCAGUGGAACCUGUACUUGCCCACUGCCGCCCACUUUAUUGAUUACUACUUGUCGAUUGCUGUUCACGAGACCGAUCUGCAUGAUGGCUGGCCCAUGGUUUGUCUGGAGAAAACAAGAAUAUAUAUGGCAAAAUAUGCGGAUUAUUUCUUGGAGGUUUCACUCCAAGAUCACGUCUUCUUAAAUUAUGCCCCUUCGCUGGUGGCUGCUGCUUGUGUAGCGUCUUCCAGAAUAAUUCUGCGACUGUCGCCUACAUGGCCCAUUCGUCUGCAUCGGCUGACUGCCUACUCUUGGGACCUCCUUGUCUCGUGUGUAGAGCGUCUCUUAAUAGCCCAUGAUAAUGAUGUCAAAGAAGCCAACAAACAAAAGUGUCAGCAGCCCAACCCACAGACUGGGCAUACGGUAUACCCGCCACAGAGCCAAGGAAAUGCAGCGCCGCCUCAGAUACAGCAGCAUCUGCCUCAAUACCUGCACCGGCAACAGCUUCAGUACCCGCAGCAGAAUUGUGCGCAGAUUAUUUCCACGGGACACAUGCCUUCUUAUGCCAUCCAGUCCCACCCUACCAGUUUACAAGCCAGCAUUCAGCCACAUGGACAUAUACAAGCAGUGACUGGCAUGACCUUGCCAGCUCCCCUGGAUGUGAAGGUCAACUUGCCCUACAACAAGUGCUAUCAGGUUAAUGGACACUAUACCUGCACAGCACCUUGUUUUGAUAGGUGAUUAACACCUCCUAGGGAGGGUUUUUUUUUAUGUGGGCUGGAUGGAGGACUGUUUCUGAAAUGACUUGCUAUAUGAGCCAAAAAAUGUGUUGCAGAAGAAAAAUACUGUUUUUAAUUUUAAGAAGGCAAGUUGAGCACUGUAUUAUGUAGGAUAAGAUGUAAUCUUGAACUAUGUGCAAUAUAAUUACUUUGGUGUACAGUCUUUUCUCUUUUCCUAACCUGAGCCCUCUUUUAAAAACUAGACAUUUUAAAAGUAUUAAGCAGGCCUCAACAUCACAGUUCAUAUUGAGGACUGUAAUAAAAGGUUCGACUUUGAGACAUAAAGUUAGCCAGAUUAAACCUUCUUUGUUAGCCAGUCUAACCCUUCUUUCUUGAGAAUACUGCUGUAUCACAGUAACAAAUGAUCUGAAUAUCAAAGCUACCUCUGUUGAAAUGAAUGUAAAUAUUUUCUAUAAUACAGUUCUUUCUGCAUUUCAUUUGGUAUACCUUUUUGUUUUUGAAGGACCAGCUAAUACACUGUAAAGGAGUUUUUGUCCUACUUUAAUUUGGAGGAUAUGUUUUGUACGAUGCCCUUCCUGAAUUACUUUCUAGCUUCUUUGGCAGAACAUUGUAAAGUCAUCCUUCCAGUGUACUACCUCUGAAAGUAAAAACAGUUAUCAGUACAUUUAUGUAGAUUUUUGAAGUAGAAGAAUUGUGAAAGGGUUUUGUGCUACAAGUCUUUAUACUAAAAAGUAAAGUAAUUUCAGGUUUACAUCAUGUUCCUCAAAGUGUAAAACCUCCAUGAGUGCUGUGCACUUAGAAAAGUUUUUUUUAAAUAAAAAAACAACUUUGUCA